AUGACGUUCGAUCGUUUGUUUGACGACGAUGGUUGGCUUGAAGAGGCGACUGCAGCGCUCCGGAUCACUCAGUUUUGCAAGAUGUCGUUGAUGUCGGACAAAGAGGUGAUCCGUCGCGUAGUUGAGCUCAAGCAGCGUGGAAAUCAACGACCUACCGGUACAGUGGAAGAGCGCCGUCAAGACGUGGAGGAGGUGUGCAUCUUGAUGGAUCAAAUCCGUGAUCGCCAAGCCACCAAACUGGAAGCCGACUGUCGCGAGCAACAAGCCAUGAACGUCUUGCUCCAGAAUGGGUUCCAUCAGGCGGCCGAAACUCUCAAGAACCACAAGGAAGCCAAGAAGACGGCCUUGUCCAACUUGCUGGAUGCUGAGGACGUUUGGAAGAAUUUCAUUUUCCCCUCUUUGGGCGUGGGCCACUACGCAUUUGUCGGUCGUGUCAACAGGCGCUUCAAUGUCCUCUACAGAGAGUACUGCGAGACCUACCAGAAUACGAACGAUCCACCUGUGGCCUUCUACAACGUCAUUUGUGCACGAUAUUUCCUCGACGACGCCUCCCCCAGUGUUCCGAGUCGUGAGCAAGUGUGUCCGGCCAUUGCCAAGUGUGGAAGUCGGGCUGUCAUGGAGUGGGCCAACGAAAUGGCGGCCAAACACAGCCAUGUGGGUCUGAUUCAGUGGACACGAAACACCAACCUCUAUCCAACCAAAGAGUUGUUCCGUGCCAGUGUGGAACUUCAACUUCGGGGUUUUGUUGCCGGAGCCAAUCACCAGAACGUACGUGAGGCCAUCUCCAUAGCUAUUUUGAAAUGGGCUCGUCGCCACGGAUGUCCCUGGGAUGAGUCAACUUGCAUCGCAGCAGCUGCAGCGGGUCAUUUGCACAUUGUGCAAUGGGCAUGUGUCAAUGGAUGCCGAUUCUGUAUUUGGUCAACUUGCACUGCAGCAGCCAGAGCCGGUCAUCUGGCCAUUCUUCAAUGGGCUCGUGAAAAUGGACUCCAUUGGAAUGAAGAAACCUGUGCCGCUGCGGCGAGAGGUGGCCAUCUAGCCCUGCUUCAGUGGGCUCGUGCCAACCAUUGUCCCUGGAAUGAAUAUACCUGUGCUGCCGCGGCGGGCCGCGGUCAUCUGGCCAUUCUUCAAUGGGCUCGUGCAAACCAUUGUCCGUGGACUGAAGAAACCUGUUUCGCUGCGGCCCAAGGCGGUCAUCUGGCCAUUCUUCAAUGGGCUCGUGCAAACCAUUUUCCUUGGAAUCAAGAUACCUGUACCGCUGCGGCCCGCAAGGGUCAUCUGGCCAUUCUUCAAGGGGCUCGAGCCAACCAUUGUCCCUGGGAUUGGAAGACACGUCUUUGGAGCCGAGGGCACCCACAAGUACUACAGUGGGCGAUUGAAAAUGGCUGUCCAGCAUGACAAUAAUUCGGAUACGAUGCAGGGCCACCACAAACCAUUUUGGUUAGCUCAACGAAGGGUCCAUGACAUCUAUUUUUCACCAGCGACUUGGAGCAGCUGGUGGUCCGCCAAUUGAAGCAGAUCCACGAGACACGUUUCUCGUUUGUGCAAGUGUUUACAUACCAGUAGGAGAUACCGUAAAAUGAUAAAGAAUAUUCUGUGU